UAUUGGGAGCAUCCCACUCGCAAAAGUCCUGCACUGGACUGCAACAUAGUCAGAGAGUGAAAGGGAGAGGGCGAAAGUGCCAGUGGGGACAUAAUUGAUUACGUCCUAAUCAAUAUUAACUUGUUAGUCAGUUGUUGCUGCAACUUCUUUGGACCUCGCCAUUUUCAGAGAGGCACAGUUCUCCUUCGGAUUGUCUGUACGUAUUUUUGUGGAAUAAUACUUUCAAGAAGAUAUCCCGGUUUGGAAUUAGGAGGGCUUUUUUGUGUUUCUUCUUGCAAGAAAGUUUGCAGCCAUGGCGUGCAUUUGGUGACUGUAAUGUGACUGUUUUUUUCGAUAGGGUUCGAUAUUAUUUGAUAUCUGUGUUUGUUGUUUUCGUUGUUAGUAAUUCAAAAACAUUUAAAAGUUAGCUUGCGUAACGACUAACGCACUAAUAAUGACAUCCAAAGAAGUCGCCAAAUGUGAUGCGGUCGAGAAUAGGAGGCGAAGUCCGUUGGACCAUCUUCCUCCGCCUGCAAACUCGAAUAAGCCACUGACACCGUUCAGUAUCCAAGACAUUCUAAACAAACCCUCCGUGAAACGAAGUUACACCAUUUGUGGGACAGCACACCUGAUUUCAUCCGCUGAGAAACACCGUUCCUCCAGCAUCUCUGCUCUGUCCAACCGGGCACUGCUCACACAAACCUCACCACUCUGCGCCCUGGAAGAACUAGCUAGCAAAACCUUCAAGGGGCUCGAAGUUAGCGUGCUACAAGCAGCUGAAGGGAGAGACGGGAUGACACUCUUUGGGCAAAGAAACACCCCGAAGAAGCGAAGGAAGUCCAGGACUGCCUUCACCAACCACCAAAUCUACGAAUUAGAGAAAAGAUUCCUGUAUCAGAAAUAUUUGUCUCCCGCUGACCGAGACCAAAUCGCCCAACAAUUGGGUCUAACGAACGCCCAAGUCAUCACGUGGUUCCAGAACAGGAGAGCCAAACUAAAGCGAGAUCUGGAAGAGAUGAAGGCCGACGUGGAGUCGGCCAAAACUAUAGGUGACGGUGUUGUACCUCUUGAGAAACUCGCCAAGCUCGCUGACCUCGAGAAAUGCGCCAAUGGAACGCUCGGACAUCACCCGCGAGCCGAUUCUCCCGCGCAGAAUGGCGGACGAGAGUACGAGCUCGCUCGCAAGCUGCGGAUGUCCCCCCUGUCGCCAUUUUCAGACCACACAACAAGUAAAGAAUGCUCAGAGGACGACGAAGACCUAGAAAUUGAUGUGGAUGACUGAUUGCGCAGUGGGAUAAUGAAAUAUAAAAAUUACGACAAAAAGCAGUAACAAUCCUUACUAAGAUUGUAACUUUUCCCUGCUGAUAUUCGUACAUCAUCUCAGAACAUUUACUAGUCUGCUGUGACUUUUGUAUCGGCACACAGAUAUUCACAGUAAGCAUGAACAGUACAACAAUAUGCCUACGCAGUGCUAUAUUCAAUUGCAUUCAUCAGCAGUCGGACAGUUUCCUCUUGUCUUCAAAUGUCAAUGAAAGCAAUAUGGGUUUCAUAAUCAGAACGAAAGAUAAUGCUAUUAUUUUGAAACAUGUAAUUGUCUAUCAGACACACACACCUCUUCGAGUUAUUUCUCUCUCUCACACACACCCCCACACACACGCGCGCGCUCACACAUUGAUCCUUGUUCAUAUUUAUGUAACACCAUGUCAUAUGCUUAAAGUAUGUCAGUUUUAUGAAAUAUUUUCGAUAGGUUUUGUAUGUUGAAAUGCAUGUUUUGUUUUGUUGAUCAUAUCUAUUUAUUUUUCCCUUUUAAAUUAUAUCGCUUGUUUAUUUUUUGAGACAUACCUUAUCAUACAUAUAGGUCCACUCGAGUUCAGACCGUUUGUAUAGAGCGUUUACAUAAUUAGCUAGUCAUAUUUACACCAACCAUAAUCCGUAUGCUGCAUUGCAUGAUACGAAAGGCAAAUUCAAAGGAUCAAAAACCAAGUUAUGCGUUUUAUAGAGAAAUGAUCAAACAAAGGUUAUAAAAAUACAAAAUACUGCGGUGAUAUUUCGACAUGGAGCUACAGUUACUGGACCGUAGGAAUAUAUUCAUUUGUUUGAAUACAAUAGAGUACUCUAUGGUUGAAUAGAUUUGUUAUGUUUUGUACACCAGUAAGUGCCUUUCUAAAAUCAGGACAGUAUUUGAAAACCAAUGCACAUUCUGUAAUGUAUAUACUAUGGAAAUAAAAUGGCUUUUCUCAA